AUGAUAAAGUUGAUCAACACACUAACUGAUUAUGUGUUUGUUUUUAUUCUAGUGGACAAAUAUCUUGUUUGUGACACUGGUUCAGCAGUGUUAAUGGAUUUAUUUCUCUUGGAUUUAUCUGUAUGGGAUGUCCAUCUAUCCAGUUCACUGAACAUACAAAAAUUAUGGGCCAUCGUGAAGUUUGCUAACUUUAAACCUUUUGAGUUAUUUCAUGAGCCAAAAUAUAUUGAGUCGUUCCAAGUAAGUGAAUAA